UAUGUUUUAUGCUGCCUAAAUCAUUCUAGCAUUGGAAUAUCUUCAUAGUAAAGGGAUAAUUUAUAGAGAGUUAAAUAUAUAAUUAAUUUUAGUUUAAAACCUGAGAACAUUGUUAUAUGUUAGGAUGGAUAUGUGAAAUUGACUGAUUUUGGUUUAUGCAAGAAAGGAGACUUCACAAAUAUUUCAGGUGCCUCAUCUAUAUGUGGAACUCCAGCCUAUAUGGCACCUGAAAUUCUAUUAUAUAAACAAUAUGGUAAAGCAGUAGAUUGGUGGGCAUUCGGUUGUUUCUUAUAUGAAAUGGUAGCAGGACAUCCUCCAUUUUUUGCAUCAAAUAAAUAAGAUUUAGAAUUUAGCAUAUUACAUUCAUAACCAAAUAUGAGUCAUUUUUCAAUAAAACUAUAAGAUUUAAUUUAUAGAUUACUAGAAAAGAAUCCAAAGAAUAGAUUAACCACUAAUAUUAGAGAUCAUUAGUGGUUUAAUAUUGAUUUUGAUGCAAUAUUAAAUAAAAAAGAAAUUGCCCCAUUCUUACCUACCUUAUAAAAUGAGGCAGAUGUAACUUAUUUUGAUCCAUAAUUCAUUAAAUCUAGUAUGUCUGAAUAAUGUAGUAUCAUUGAUGAAUUAGAUUCAUGUUUUAAUAUUUUAUGUAAAUUUUAGAUAAGGACUUUACUUACAAAGGAUCAUAAGAUUAAUCAGUUCAAUAAUCAUUUUAAACUCUAAGUCCAGAGAUUAUUGGAUUAAAUGAAAAUGGAGAAGCUAAACAAAUGAUAAAGGUUGAAUCAACUGAAAUGAUUAAUUAAUGA